CGCACCGGCGGCGCCCCCCGCGGGCCCGGGCCCCGCGUCCCCCCCGGGCGGCCUGAGCCGGGGCGGCGGGGCGGGCGGGCGCCGCGGCCCCAGUACUAUGGCCGUGUGCUGCUGCGCGCUCAGUAGCCUGGUGGUGAUGAACGGCGCCGAGCAGCGCCAGGGCGGCGGCCCGGGGCCCGGCGGCGCGGCCUCGCCGACGGCCGGGCCCGCGCUCAGCCCCGGCCGGGGCUCCCCGUUCCUCUUCCCCCCCCGCCCCUGCGCGGCCGCCCGGGGAGCCCCCGAGCCCCGCGGCCUGGCGCGGCGCCCGGCCCCGGCUGAGCGGCCCCGGCGCCCCCGCCGCCUGCGGGGCCCCCGCCGUCCCCCCCCGGCCGCCGGCAGCCUCUCCCCGCCGGGGCCCGCGGACGCCCGGAGGAAGCUGCGGGCCCUGCAGCGCGAGCUCCAGAACGUGCGCGUGGACCGCACCGUGGGCCUGUUCGAGGCGCACAUCCAGGCGCAGAGCGCGGCGGGCCCCGCGCCCCGGAGCCCGCGCCCCGGCCGCGCGCGCUCGCCCUCCCCGAGCCCCUGCCGCAGCAGCAGCCAGCCCCCCGGCCGGGGCCCGGCCCCCAGCAACCCCGCCGACGAGCGCCGGACCCGGUCCUGGGGGGAGCCGUGCCCGGAGGCCCCAGCCGGCAGAGCCGCGCCCGGCCUGCGCCCCUCGGAGGACAAGGGGGCGGCCCCGACGGCGGGCCCAGGGCCGCGGAGGCCGGCCGCUCCCGAGGGGGGAGAGAGCCCUGCCCGCGUCCCCGGUGCCUCGCCCGCAGCCUUGGAAGCGGCCCCCCCUGUGGGAACCGGGAGCCCCCGGGCGCCCGCCUCGGACCCGGCCCGUGAAGGGGCCACGCCUGGCGCGCCGGGUCCUGCCCGCCCGGAGCCGCGCUGCCAGCUCGGGGGCCCGCACCCCUGGGGGGCCCAGGCGGAGAGGAGGGGGCCCAGCCCGGAGACUGGCCCUGCCCCGGCAGGAGAGCCCCCUGGGGGCGUGGAGGAAGGCAGCCUGCCCUGUGGCCGGCCGGGCCCCCGGGCACCACCCCCCGGGGCCAGGCCGGAGGACGAGGCCCCGCGCCAGCCGAGGCCGCCCGAAGACCGAGGCUCUGCCCCCUCGGGGAAGGCCGGAAGUGGAGCCCCAACUCUGGGCCUGCUUGGGGGCAGCCGUGAGACACAGCCAGCCGCUGGGGAGGUGGAGGCCGGAGUUCCCUCGGGCGCCGCACCGGAGCCUUUGCCCCGCUGGGAGGUAGCAGAGAAUGAGCGCGAGCCACGGCGCCUUCCCGGGGACCCGGUGACCAUGGAGGACUCUGGUGUGGCCUGGACGUGUGGCACCGGGGCACGGCCCGCGGAGACGUGGGGAAGCCCCGCCCGGGACGGAGACGCCCACCCCACUGCAGCCCGGCCGGCCGAGGACCAGGACGAGACUCCCCCGAGGGAGAGCUGCCCGACACCCAGCAUCCCGGCCGUCAUCGUCACCGACAUGGGCGCCCAGGAGGACGGGGGCUUGGAGGAGCCCCCGGGGGGCCCCCGGGGCAGCCUGCCCCUGAGGAAGCUCUCCUCGUCCUCCGCCUCCUCCACUGGCUUCUCCUCCUCCUAUGAGGACUCAGAGGAGGACAUCUCCAGUGACCCCGAACGCACCCUGGACCCCAACACAGCCUUCCUGCACACCCUGGACCAGCAGAAGCCGAGAGUGAGCAAAUCAUGGAGGAAAAUAAAAAACAUGGUGCACUGGUCCCCAUUUGUCAUGUCCUUCAAGAAGAAGUACCCGUGGAUCCAGCUGGCGGGACACGCAGGGAGCUUCAAGGCUGCCGCCAACGGCCGGAUCCUGAAGAAGCACUGUGAGUCGGAGCAGCGCUGCCUGGACCGGCUGAUGGCGGACGUGCUGCGGCCCUUCGUGCCCGCGUACCACGGGGACGUGGUGAAGGACGGGGAGCGCUACAACCAGAUGGAGGACCUGCUGGCCGACUUCGACUCGCCCUGCGUGAUGGACUGCAAGAUGGGCGUCAGGACGUACCUGGAGGAGGAGCUCACCAAGGCCCGGAAGAAGCCCAGCCUGCGGAAGGACAUGUACCAGAAGAUGAUCGAGGUGGACCCCGAGGCCCCCACCGAGGAGGAGAGGGCGCAGCGGGCCGUGACCAAGCCCCGCUACAUGCAGUGGAGGGAGACCAUCAGCUCCACCGCCACCCUCGGCUUCCGGAUCGAGGGCAUCAAGAAAGAGGACGGCUCUGUGAACCGGGACUUCAAGAAGACCAAAACCAAGGAGCAGGUCACGGAAGCAUUCCGAGAGUUUACUCAAGGGAACCACAACGUCUUGGUCGCCUACCGGGACCGGCUGAAGGCCAUUCGAGCUACCCUGGAAAUCUCCCCCUUCUUCAAGUGCCAUGAGGUCAUCGGCAGCUCCCUGCUCUUCAUCCACGACAAGAAGGAGCAGGCCAAGGUGUGGAUGAUCGACUUCGGGAAGACCACGCCCCUGCCCGACGGCCAGACGCUGAGCCACGACGUGCCCUGGCGGGAGGGCAACCGCGAGGACGGCUACCUGUCCGGACUGAACAACCUCAUCGACAUCCUGUCCGAGAUGUCCCAGGGCGGCCCGCCCUCCUGAGGCCGCCCGCCCCCCUCCCCGGCCCCGGCUGCCCCGCCUCCCCCCGGCCCCGGCUGCCCCGCCUCCCCCUCCCCCCGGCCCCGGCCCCGCCGAGCUGCACUGUGUAGGGAGGAGACGCCCCCUUCUUCCUCUAACACGACGCCGGGAGGUGGGGUGUCCUCUUCUCUCUGGAACUAGAACCGCCUUCCAGCAGAGGGGCAUCCCGGGCCC